AUGUGUUUAAGUUGUAGCUUGACGGUUGCUGCUGGCGGUUGCAAGCAUAACGACACUGCUAAUCCUGUCGCCAACGCACUGCCUACAAAAAUGAAAGGUCGCAGGGAAAGCGUACUUUCGGGUGAUUCCAAAGAUCGCCUUUCGCGUGAUGACGAUGAUGAAGAGGAGGAACUCGAAGAUGAUGAGGAAGAAGACGAGGACGAGCUUGAAGACUUAGAACGAGCUGUCCAAAAUAUCACGGAAAGCGUACUUUCACGUGAUGACGAUGAUGAAGAGGAGGAACUCGAAGAUGAUGAAGAAGACGAAGAUGAAGACGAGGACGAGCUUGAAGAGCGAGCUGCCAAAAAUUUCGCGGUCGACAGUUACGGGCAUGAUGACGAUGAAGAUGAGCUGCUAGAUGAGGAGGAGGAAGAGGAACUGCUGGAGGACGAUGAUGAAGACGAAGAAGAUGAAUGCGAGCGUCGUUUUGGUUUUCCUACAAAGAGAUUGGAUCCAUAG